AUGGGACUGUUGUUAAAUGUUAACAAAUCCAAGUUGCUUGUAAUUUUACUUAAAAAUGCUACUGUUGGUCGAAUGUACAGUCAAGCUCGGUAUCAGGGGCUUCAGUAUGGACCGGGUGCUGCAACUGCACUUCAUUCAGCUGUCUGCCAUGUUUCGGGGCGCUACACGAAUGGAAACAUUUACCUUAUCAACUUAAAUGCAAUUGUUUCAUUAAGUGGUUGGUUUCCUUGCUCAAGUGGAAACAUGAGGCGUGCAGCGUCGCUGCCUUUGUUUCUCUGCCAUGGCAGAGGGGAUGAUGUGGUUGCAUAUGAACUCGGAGAGAAAUUCACAGGGGCCUUAAGUGCAGCUGGAUUCCGGAAUCUUAUAUUUAAGAGCUAUAAUCGGAGAGAAUUAUAG